AUUGCCACUCGGUGAAAACGCAUUAUGUAAAUAAACAUGCCGAUGGGAGGCGAUUUUUUGCAAUAUUUUUAACAUUAACUGAUGAUACCAUUUUUUCCCACACAUCGUAUGCGCUUUUUAUUGGGAAAAUAGCCAAAUGGGGAAAGGGUGAACGAAACCGAAUCGAGGGGAUACCAAUGCAAAACUUCGAAAGUUGGAACACCUUCAACUUAAAAAAAAAAAAAACGGAGAAAGAUACCAAGACGUUAUGCAUGUAAACGCGGCGUAGGGGCACACGCACAUGCGAAUACGCGUUCGUACGUACAACGUGCGUGAGGGUUACGGGCGGCGGCCGCUAACCGGAUAAAUCGCCAACCCGAUAAAUCGUCAACCCGAUAAAUCGCAUUUUCGAACCACUGCUUCAUCUCUCCUCUUUCCAUUUGAAGAGGCAUUGCGGCGAAUUUUAAAACGACUCGGUUGUGUACCCAGCUAGCCGUCAUUCCGCCAUUCCGCCGUUCCGCUAUUUCGCCACUCAGCUACUUCGCCUGCUCCAUUGUUACACACCUUGGCCUGCUCGACGCGCGCACCGCGCCAACAUUGGCAUGUACAAAUUUGCACGUACAAUUUGUAGGCAUCGAUUUGCCCACACACACAUAUACCCAUUGGAGCCCACCAAGCAACAAAUGGGAAUCACCAACCUGCUGCCGUUCCUAAAACCGAUCGCCAAGAGCACACACAUAAGCAAAUACAAAAAUGAAGUGAUCGGCGUGGACAUCAUGUGUUGGAUCCACAGGGGUCUCAUCAGUUGUGCCUACGACAUAGUCACGGAUACGUACAACGACAGCUACUUAAGCUUCAUCGAAAAAAUGCUCGAAUGUAUUUAUCACUACAACAUUAAGGUAGUGUUCGUUUUCGACGGAGAGGAGUUACCAGAAAAGAAGGCAGAAAAUGUGAUUAGGAAAGAUAGGAGAGAAAAGGCAAAGAAGGAGGCACAAGAAAUUAUUAAAUCAGUCCCAAAUCCCAGAUCAGAUGAGAACGUUUUGAAAAAGUGCAUACAAGCUUUAAGUGUUUCCAAAGAGAUUAUAAACACCGUGAUCCAAUUUUGUAGAACAAAAAAUAUUGAUUAUAUCAUUUCCCCUUUUGAAGCGGAUGCUCAGCUGUCCUACCUCUGCAGGAUGGGCUACAUUUCUUGCGCCAUAAGUGAAGACAGUGACUUGCUAGUGUAUGGCUGCCCUCGCGUUUUGUACAAACUGAAAAGCACCGGAGAGUGCGAUGAAAUAAGUUUGAUGCCUAUUGACGAUCUGAUUGACGUAAACGUGAUUAACAAAAUUAGGAACCCCCUCUCGGAUUCGUUCAACGAGUUUUACAUCACCCCGAUGAAGCAGGGCCGGAGGGAUGCCCAGGGGGGGCACUCAGAUUGGGAAGAUAAUAACCUAUCCGAUUGGGAAGAGAAUAACAUGACCGAUUUAGCCGAGCACCCCCCUGCGCGCGCGCAACGACGGACGCGCCACCGAGCCGCGGCAAACGGGAACCCUGAGCAGAAAAAAAAAAGCUACCACAAAGUGAUGAAGGAAUAUCUGGACCACUUCCACUGGCCAGAAGAAUUGGACAAGCUAAAGCAUUUCAGCAUAGACAUGUUCCUGGCGAUGUGCAUCCUAAGUGGCUGCGAUUACACGAACGAUUUUCACAUCACGGGAAUGGGAAUCAAAACUGCCUUCAGUUUAAUCAGCCAAUACAAAACUAUCGAAAAUAUUUUUUCAUUCCUCAUUUCGCAUGACAGAUGGAAGCGUAAAAUACCGCCCAAUUUAAACACCCUAGAAAAACUGAUGACUAAAUAUGAAGAAAUUAAAAACGCCUUCUUACAUCACCAAGUGUAUGAUUUUAUUCUGUGCCAGAACAUCCCCAUCAACCAGUCCUUCAACAGUGCAUUAAAGAAAAAUGAAAAUAAACUCCUCAUCAAUAAAAUACGUGACUUUUCCCUCACAUAUGACAGCAGUAAGAGGAGGGGAAACUGCCUGAACGCAUUCUCGGAGGAGCUCUCCAGUGGUGCCAGCGGGGGGAGAAGUAGCUUUCUUUCUGAUGGGAGCGGCAAUUCGGAGAGAUGCACUGGAAGAAGUACAAGAGGUGAAGAAAAGGUAUAUUCCGAAAGGAAACACCACCAAAAGGACAUGCUCAAAGGAAGUGCUUCUCCAGCACACAAAAGGAGAUCCCCACUUCCACCAAAACAAACCGCCCUAAAGGAACAUCCCCAAUUAGACAAACCGAACAGUGUUGAAAAUAUUUUUAAAAAUUUACCAUCCGAGUGUUUAGAAUAUUUGGAGAUAUCCCCCGACCUGUUCAGGAAUUGUCCCGAGGGGCAGAAUGGUCUGAAGGAGCAGGAGAUAGUGCGCCAUGAGGGGAUCGCUCAAGAGGGUUCCCAUGGGUUAAGCACUUGGACAAGUGACUGGCAAAGUGGUAGGCAAAACUACGCAGCGUUCCACCCCGGAGAGCUCCCCCCAAGCGCAACAGCCCAACAGGAACCGCCCAAAGGGGAUAUGCAAGCAUGUUCGCCCCUGCACCCAAGAGGAACCACCCAGACGGCCAAUUUGUGGCCCCCCAUGGAAUGCGCCAACUUCAACCUAUUUGGUGAUUCCCCCCGGAGCAACGGCUGCGCGCACGGAAGGGAGUGCACCAACGAUGGGGAUGAGGCGGGAGUGCCGAGAGGGCCAAGCGAUCCAAGAGAUGCAGGCGAUUCGAGAGAUACAAUCGAUUCCAGCGAUUACAGCGAUUCCAGCGACCUCCCCGCGUACAACUCCAGAAAUAAUCUACCUAGAGGAAAGGAAAAAACAAAAUUGAGCAAGCGGAAGGGGAACCACGCCGACUCAGUUAACUUCAAGAAAACGAAAAGGAGCGCCGCAGCACCCCCGCACACAGGUGAUCAAACGUCGAAGAACCCGUUGGAAGAAAACGAACCCGAUUGCAGUAAACGCUCGGACAAAACUCAUCCUGGCGAGAUUCUCGAAAAGACAAAGUGGAUAUCGCAGGCAGGUCGCAACUGCCAAGGGGUGGCUCGCCUCGAAGGAGGCCCCGCUCACGGGAUCGACACAAGCAUUCAGGAGGAUGCAAAAAAGGGGAAGCCGCUGGACGAAGAAGUUACCAAUCCAACUGAAGGGACGAACAGAAAGAAAAGCGCAAGAGUUAUGUACCAGAAUAUGAAGAAGAGCUUCCUUCUAUUCAAGACGUUGGACGGGGAGACAAGCAACCAAAUGGGAUCUUCAACGGAAGAAUUGAAAGGUAACUCCGCACAAGAGAAGGAGGAAUGUUCACGCGUGAGGGAGAUUCAAGGGAGGUGUAAGGCCGAGCGGCCUGAUGAAGAAGGGGGGAGUCCCGUGGGAACCGACAUUUGGGACGGGAAAGACAAAAUGAGAAGCGGCACGCAGGGAGGACCGAUCAGAAAACUGUCAACGGAACCGAUCAGCAAACCGGCAAUAGAACCCAUCAGCAAACCGGCAAUAGAACCCAUCAGAAAACUACCAACAGAACCGAUCAGCAAACCGGCAACAGAACCGAUCAGCAUACGGACCACCAGACUGACCACGAAACCGAUCAGCGGCGUGAAAAGCGAAAUAAACAAAACGAACUUCAAAUCGGAAUGGAGCGACCACCCCUCAGUCGUUUGCUCCCCUCUCAAAGGUAAAUCCUCCGCGGUGAACGGAAAUCGCAGGAGCCAAUUGAGGAUAACCAACUUUUUCAAAAAGUCGGAAAGAAAAAUCCCCAACUUGGACGGCAACAAGGAGGGUAAUAAUAACAGCUUUCCGUUGAGGCGGCCCACAAAUGGUUCCCCCAGUGGCAAUGGAACGUGCUCCCUUUCAAUGAACAACUCGGAACCAGCGAAUGAAGAGCAGCAAGGAGGGGAGCUUCCGCACGUGGGCCAAGACACCCACGAAAAGGACUCCCUUAACCAAGACUCCCAUGACGAAUAUGUGUUCCUGAAAAAUCUGCACAACUGCGGGAUGAUAAAAGAACCGAACAGAAAGGAGCCCCCCAAAUGGGUCGCCAAAGGUAGCCAGGCCUGGGACGAUCGAGUGAGCAGAGGGGAUAGGGGUGAUCACCCUAGCGGUCUCCACAGUGGUCACUCCAUGGAUCACCCUCAUGAUCACCAUGAUCGGCCCCUCCCCGGAGACGCCCCCCCCGCCGACCGCCCAGCCGAGAAAAAGGAAAAGCAAAAAGAAAUUAACCUGGAGUAUAUCCUGCAGAACCUGAACUACAACUACCACCCCCGCAGCCACAAAAUCAACACCUUUGAUUACUUCAAGGAGAAGGAAAACGUGCCUCCCCCCAACCCCUACGUGGACAACAAUUUGUGA